AUGAGCAUCAGCGUCAGUCGAGAGUCCAUUUCCAAGCUCAUGGGCGAGCUCGUAGAGGGUUUCCCCAUGGAGGGCGAUGGCCGCUCUUCAAUCUCGGACUUUGGCAAGUUGCUCUUCACGGAAGGUCAGGCCAACGGCAGCAGCAACGCGGCCAAGUCUGGCCAGGCCGGGCCCAGUGUGGUCAGCAGUAAACCUGCAGCGGCCACCACGUCCACGUCGAAGACCAACGGACCGACUCAGACUCAGACGGGAAGCAAGCGCGUGUUCACAGAAAUCAAGGGCGUGCCCCGCCAGAAGCAGCAUGAUAUUAUGAAGACCAAGGACAAGGCCGUGCCUAAACGCUGGACGCCGGAGGAGGAUGACAAGCUCCGCGAGGCUGUGGGCCGCCAUGGUGAACGCAACUGGAAGUCGAUCGCCGAAGAAGUGCCCGGCCGUAACCACACGCAAUGCCUUCAGCGAUGGACUAAAGUGCUGGCCCCUGGCCUUGUCAAGGGCCACUGGCGGCCAGAGGAGGACGAGCUGCUGAAGGAACUCGUGGCAGAGGGCCGAAAGAAUUGGGGCCAAGUGGCCACGCGCAUCCCUGGCCGUACGUCCAAGCAGUGCCGCGAGCGCUGGUACAACCACCUGGACCCAAGCAUCGUUCGUGGCGAGUACUCGCCGGAGGAGGACCGUAUGAUCCUGGACGCACAGGCCAGACUGGGCAACCGCUGGUCGGCUAUCGCCGCCAUGCUGCCUGGCCGUACAGAAGACGCCGUCAAGAUCCGGUGGAAGUCGCUCUGUCGAGUGCGCAAAGGACAAGGCCGUCGUGGCCAACCUGACAAGGGCAAGAUGACUCCUAAGGGCGUGAUGAUGCCUGGCCAGAUGAUGCAGCAAGGCCCAGGCUUUGAUGGUGGAAUGGUGAAGAGUGAAGAAGUUGCUGCGUUCUCCAUGCACCCGCAGCAACAAGGUGGUCAAAUGGUGCGUCUUCCGAACGGCCAAAUGGUGCCGGCCAACAAUAUGCAGACGGGAGGGCAACACCACUCCAUGAUGGGAAGUAUGGGUGGAAACGGGAUGAUGUAUCAUAGCGAUAUGAGCGGAGGUGGAUAUGAUCCCACAAUGGCCCACUACAGGAAGCCUCCGAUGCAGCAACACAUUGUGAACAACGUCUAUGAUCACCCGCUACCACCUUCAGGACCGAUGGCCGGCAAUAACUCGCAGGAUUACCCCGUCGACCGCCGAUCUAACAUGGUCAACAUGCCGUCCAACGGUAUGUCAGCACAUUCACAACAUUCACAAUCUCAAGACGGAUACAGAGAGUACCAAGGCCCGUCGUCAGGAUAUCACUCCAACAUGAACGGCGGCAUGUACUCGGCGGGAUCGUCGACGCCCAGUGGAGGGAUGAACAACGGCCCAAUGUAUGGCAAUGGCUCGCAGAUGAACAAUUACCGAGGUGGAGGGGCCAUGUACAAUGACUCACAGGUAUCACCGCACCACCAUCAGCAAAUGGCCCAUUCGCCGCACCCUCAGAUGAUGUCGUACGACUACGGUAUGCCCCCAUCGAAUAAAAACAUGAACGGCGGAGCGUCGUCUAGCCACCCGAUGCAUCCGAGUAACAAUACCAUGCGUAACCCCGCAGCAGCCUUCGCCCAGCGACAGCAACACUCACACCAGUAUGUGGAUCGACCGGUGCAUUUCCCUCAUCACGUUCCUCAACAUGAGCCCCACCCUAUGCAACAACGCGGUCGUGUACACGAGCAUGAUCAACCACACCGAGAAGAGGAGCCGCCGGUACAUCACCAGCAUCAGAUGAAGCAGUCAAGAUCGAGUGACGUACAGCCUAAAGAGGAGCCGCGACCCGGCCGAAUGCCUCAGCCAAUGUCGAACCCGGCGGCAAUGUUUGCCCGUAGCCAGGCGGCCAAGGCGUCCCCAGCUGCGGGCAACAGUAAUCCUGUCGCAGCCUUCAUGCAUAUGCAGCAACAGCAGAAGCGAAAGGAACAGCCGAGUGCUUCUAGUAAGAUGGCCCAAGCUGGCCCACCUAAGGCCUUCAACCCGGCCGCAGCCUUCGCUCAGCGGUUCCAAGCUGGCCAGAGACCUCCAAUGCCCAGUAGCAAUUCCGGCUCUACUAGAUCCAACGAUGAUACGGCCGAUGAGGAUGACGACGGGGAACACGGCAGAACAAACGAACCUUCUCUGAAGAAGGUCAAGCCAAGACUCAGCAUCGACGCAGCUCGAGCGUCGGCCGCUCGGAGACUGCGCAGCUCCGGCAGCGGCGAUAAUCUGGCCGGCCGUGGAAGUCUGGAUGUGUUCUUGAACGAGAUCGGCGACGUCGGCCGGUUGUCGGACCUCAAAAUGGACGGUUUCCAGACGCUAGAGGAGCUGUGGCGAGUCUCAGGCGACAUGGAUCGACUAUCGUUAUGA